CACACACACACAAUGAACACUCAUCAGAACAACACAUAGCAGCUACUACAUAACGUGUGUAUAUCCAAGCAAAUAAUGACGGCUGCCAUCGAUUAUUUAUCAGCCUGUCUUUUGGGAUGAUGGUGAUAAUGGUGAUGAUGAAGAAGAAGCGCUCCUGAAGCUGCAUAAAGCAUGUGAUCGGUGUCAUGGAAUAUAAUGAAAGACUUGCUCGUUUUCGUCAGGGUCAUGUCAACCCGUUUGACAGGAGACAGAUCGACAGCACCACUGAGCGGAAGGAUUCUCCAAAACAUGAGGUGAGGUCGGAGAUCUUUUCCUCAGAAUCCAAAACUCAAAGUUCAGAACGAGCAGUGGAUCUGGGCUUGGCUGAAGACCAUUUCUCUCGACCUGUGGGUUCGGUUGUGGCAUCUGACGUAGAGCAGCUGAAACAGGCCAUAGCGGAGUGCAAGAGACUGAUCCUGGAGCUGCCAGAACAUUCAGGGAAACAGAAGGACACGGUUAUCAAACUGAUCCACCUUCGGCUCAAACUACAGGAAUUAAAGGACCCAGAAGAAGAUGAGCCCAACCUGCAGGUUCUAUUGGAGCAUCGCUUCUCAAAGGAAAAGAGCAAGAGUGUCAAACAGAUGUGUGACAAGUGUAGCACCAUCAUAUGGGGUCUCAUUCAGACCUGGUACACCUGCACAGGUUGUUAUUACCGUUGCCAUAGCAAGUGCAUGAAUCUUAUCAACAAACCAUGUGUGAGGUCAAAGGUCAGCCAUCAGUCUGAGUAUGAACUCAGCAUCUGUCCUGAAGUCGGUUUAGACAAACAGGACUACAGAUGUGCUGAGUGUCGGACACCCAUCUCUUUAAGGGGUGUUCCUAAUGAGGCACGGCAGUGUGAUUAUACGGGCCAGUAUUACUGCAGCAGCUGCCACUGGAAUGACACAGCCAUUAUUCCAGCUAGAGUCAUACACAACUGGGCGUUUGAGCCCCGUAAGGUGUGUCGUACAUCAAUGCGCUAUCUUGCUCUGAUGAUGUCCAGGCCUGUGCUCAAACUGAAGGAGAUCAAUCCUCUUCUCUUCAACUUUGUGGAGGAGCUAGUGGAGAUCAGAAAAUUACGUCAGGAUAUAUUGCUAAUGAAGCCAUAUUUCAUCACCUGUAAGGAAGCCAUGGAGGCCCGACUCCUGCUGCAUCUUCAAGAUCGCCAGCACUUUGUGGAGAAUGACGAAAUGUACAGCCUACAGGAUCUGAUUGACUCCUCCAGUGGGCGUCUCAGCUGUUCCCUCACUGAAAUUCACACAACUUUUGCCAAACAUAUUAAACUGGACUGUGAGAAAUGCCAGGCCAAAGGCUUCAUGUGUGAAUUGUGUAAAGAGGGUGACAUUCUCUUCCCAUUCGACAGCCACACCUCUGUCUGUCAUGACUGCUUCGCUGUUUUCCACAGGGAUUGUUACUAUGAUAACUCGACCACAUGUCCGCGCUGUGCAAGAAUGCUGGAACGGCAACAUGAAGACUCUCAGAACCCGUAGAUCAGCCUGACAGAUGGAUGCAUCGCAAACACUGUCAAAGAUCUUCAGAGUCAGAACUUUGGUAUGUGUGUCUUGUCUCAUCUUCUGUAUAUUUGUUCUUGAGGUUUUAACCAUGCUCUUGUCAGCUUCUGAAUUUACAUUAAUAAAGUGUGAUCAGCAUAGCAGGAAAACCACAUUUUGAAAUCAGUUUCCAUCUGUUUUCCCAUAAAUAUAAAUAUAAAUAUUCUUGUUACUGUUACAUGUCUUAUGUCCAAAUAGAAACCAUCCAUGUCAAAUUUUAACAAUGGCAUGUUCCUCUUGAGACUGUGAGAUCAGUUUGAUUUCUUUCUGCAUGUAAUCCUGGGUAGCAUGCUUUUUAGGCACCAGGAAAAGAUACUACAAGGCAACACUAUGUUCUACUUUAUAGUUACAUCCCCAUUAUGCACUGUGGCUUAAAAAAUGUUGUAGAUAGUAUUCUAGGACAUAUGUUGUGCAACUGUUUCUGGUUUAUGAAUAUCUCAGAAUGGAUUCUUCUGUAAUGCAAUUACCUGGUGUAAAAUUGCUGUAAUUGUGCAAGAGAACAUAUAAAGUGUUAUGAAGUCCAAUAUCAAUGUCUCUUUACACAAAACAUGAAUAAAAC